AUGAAAAAUCACCUGUGGGGUAGCUCCCCCCGGGCUCCCAUGGCGGCAGCGGUGUCGUGGAAGAGCGUGGAGUGGCUGCAGGAGGAGCUGGAGUCCGGCGGGGGAAACUCGCUGCUGCUGCUCGACUGCCGUCCCCACGAGCUCUUCGAGUCCUCGCACAUCGAGACGGCCAUCAACCUGGCCAUCCCGGGCCUCAUGCUGCGCCGCCUCAAGAAGGGCAACCUGCCCAUCCGCUCCAUCAUCCCCAACCACGAGGACAAGGAGCGCUUCGCCAAGCGCUGCAAGGCGGACACCGUGCUGCUCUAUGACGAGGCCACGGCCGAGUGGCAGCAGGACAACGGCGCCCCCAGCUCCGUCCUGGGGCUGCUGCUACAGAAGCUGCGGGACGAUGGGUGCAAGGCGUAUUACCUGAAAGGUGGCUUUAACAAAUUUCAGACCGAAUAUUCUGAGCAUUGUGAGACCAACCUUGACAGCUCCUCACCUAGCAACUCUCCUCCUGCAUCUGUCCUUGGCCUUGGAGGACUAAGGAUCAGCUCCGAUUGCUCUGACGGCGAGUCUGACAGGGAGCCAAGCAGCGCCACAGAGUCGGAUGGGAGCCCAAUCCCUAACAACCAGCCUGCCUUCCCUGUCCAGAUCCUACCCUACCUGUAUCUGGGUUGUGCCAAAGAUUCUACCAACUUAGAUGUCUUGGGCAAAUACGGCAUCAAGUACAUCCUGAAUGUGACUCCCAACCUGCCAAACAUGUUCGAGCACAACGGAGAGUUUAAAUACAAACAGAUUCCCAUCUCGGAUCACUGGAGCCAGAAUCUCUCUCAGUUCUUUCCUGAGGCCAUCGCUUUCAUUGAUGAGGCCCGUACCAAGAAAUGUGGUAUCCUGGUUCACUGCCUAGCCGGCAUCAGCAGGUCUGUAACAGUAACCGUUGCCUACUUGAUGCAAAAAAUGAACUUGUCCCUGAAUGACGCCUAUGACUUUGUGAAAAGGAAAAAGUCAAAUAUCUCCCCGAACUUUAACUUCAUGGGCCAGCUCCUGGACUUUGAGAGGACUCUGGGGCUCAACAGCCCAUGUGACAACCGCUCCCCCAGCGAGCAACUGUACUUCACCACACCCACCAAUCACAACCUGUUCCAGCUGAACACCUUGGAGUCCACAUGAAGGGGAUGUUGUCUGGUUGGGAACUCGAGCCUUGAAUAGCUUCUCUUGAGCAUUUCAAAUAUUAAAAAAGUAUGUAUCUUGCCAGGCAGCCUUGAAAGAACUAGUUUCUCCAAGUAGAGGUGUCUGAUCGCUGCUUUAAAAAGGCUAAGGCCAUUUAUUAGUAUCCUGAUGCUAAUCAAAGUGGAUCAAAGAGUAGUCUCUUUACAGGGGUUAUUUAAUAUGGGGGAUCUCGUGGCGUUCUGAGCGCAGCUGUUAACGGCAAUAACUGCUUUCCUGGGUGUGUUGAGACUGGUGAACCGCGCACACUCACACAAACAUACACAAAGCUACCUACGUGGUAGGUUGUUGUGGAAAGUAGAGGAGACUUACGCACUUGGCGACCUUGAACAAAAGAUGUUGGCCCAAGACUAUUUUAAAACCCAUGUUUACUUUUUUUAAAAAAAAAAGGUAAUCUUACUCUCUGAGUCUUGGGCUCCAACUCGUUUUAAAUAUGUAAGUUCCUGGCUGUUUGUACAGACGAGGUUGCAAAACCAGUAUUUUAUUCUGUUCUUGUUUGAUCUUUCUUCCUUUUUCUUUCUUUCUUUUUUUUUUAAUCAAAUGUUUAUAUUGACCAAAUGCAUUUUGCACACUUUGUGAAGCCUUGAGACGUCCUGGCAUAUUACUGGGUACACCCCGAGAGAGACACAUGCUGCUGUUGUUGCUAGCAUCUGGUAGGAAGCUUUGUUAUUUGUGAAGGCCAGUUGGUCUUAACCUCUCUGCCACUUCCACACUCACAAUCACAAACUGCACUGAAUCAACCAAGGUGACUAAGCUGCAAGCUUUUUUUUAAAUACCACCCCCGCUCCCCCACCACCAAAAAACGCUGUCUGCUGUUGCCAGAGGUAAACCUGGUGUGGCUUCCAGAGUUGGUAGAAGCAUAUCUGAGGCUAGCACUCGUUCUCUGCUGUCGGUCGAACGACGAUUGGUGUCACCCAGCUGGCCUGAAAUCCUUCCAGCUUCUGAAGUAAAGAAAGUACUUGUGAUGUUGGCACUUAUCUGGCACACUUAAUUCUUUUAUGUGUGCAGGGGUGGGAAUCGAGUGCUACUGGUACUCCAAAAGACUGGAGCAGAGCAAAGUUUUUGCAGCAUGACACUGCUGCGGAGUCAUGCGCAAACCAUGGAAGGGGAGUGGAAAUGUGUGAAAUAAUGACCAGAACGUUGUAAAAACUGGCAAAUUCCGAGACUCUCAGAGCAUUCAACGGAGUUCUGAUGGGUUUCCUUUUUUGAGUAACUUUUUGCCGUGCCUUCUAGAAUAAGAAGACUUGUUAAUGUUUCUGGCUAACAUUUGGCAAAGGUCUCGUACGCUGAAGAAGUGGUACUAACGUAUGGGAGGAGGGCAGAAUGGAUCUGGAGGUUUCUUUUAUUGGCUGCAAUGUAGUCCUUCCUUUCUCCCCACCUCCUUAUCCACUGGAACUCUCAUGUAACUAACACAAAACAAAAAAGAGAAAGCCACGGAAUUUUUUUCUAAUAUCCAGGUUUUUGUAUUUUUUUUUUUUUCCA